GAGGCUCAACGCUCCAGACCCAAGAGAGUCGAGACUCACAGAAAUAUACAGAGUUUCUCUCUUUCUCUCUCGCGGCUGGAGAAUUCUCACGAGAGGCUUUGCAGAGCAAAUAUGUCUGGAAGAAAUCGCGGGCCUCCGAUGCCAAUCAAGGGUGGCUUGCAUGAACCUCCGUUCCGCGGCAGGGGCCUUGGUCCAAUGCCCCAUCCCGCACUCCUCGAUGAAGCUCAAUUUGGGCGUGGAGCAGGUGGUCCUCGUCCUGGCACCCUGAUCCCUCAUCCGGCAGCAAUAUUUGAGGACCGCCUUGCCCUGCAGCACCAAGACAUCCAAGCCCUUCUGAUUGAUAAUCAGAGGCUUGCUGCAACGCAUGUUGCACUAAAGCAAGAAGUGGAGGCUGCCCAGCAUGAGAUAAAGCGAAUGGCUCAUGUUGCUGCUUCUGCUCAGACUGAGAUGGAUUUACAGUUGAGGGAAGCUUUUGAGAAAGUGAUGAAAUUGGAAGCAGAUCUUCGGGCCUCAGAUGCAAUGAGGGCAGAGGUAAUGCAGGUUCGGGCAGACAUUCAACAGCUGACUGCAGCACGGCAAGAGUUGACCAGCCAGGCUGAAGGACUGAGUCAGGAUUUCAAUAGAGCUAAUUUGGAUUUACAGCAGGUACCUUUGCUGAAGGGGGAGAUCGAGGGCAUGAGGCAAGAGUUGCAGCGGGCGAGGGCUGCCAUUGAGUAUGAAAAGAAAGGGUAUGCUGAAAAUUAUGAGCAUGGUCAGGCAAUGGAGAAGAAUCUGAUAGCAAUGGCUCGUGAAAUGGAAAAGUUGCGUGCGGAGUUGGCUAAUGCUGAAAAGCGAGCACGUGCCGCUGCUGCUGUUGGGAAUCAGAUUUAUGGCGGAAGUUAUGGAAAUCCCGAGACUGGAUAUGGAGGAAAUCCUUAUCCAGCUGGUUAUGGCAUGAAUCCUGGACAAGGCAGUGCAGAAGGUGUUCCUCAAUAUGGACCUGGUCCUGGUUCGUGGGGCACAUAUGACAUGCAGCGGGCUCAUGGACACCGAUAAUUUUGGUGCAUGCUAUGCUAUGCUAAGCUUUGGUUCCCUCUAUAAGCUCACCUCCAUAAUGGUAUCUUGCAAUGGAGUUGCUAAAUACGUGGAUUCUUACUGUAGGUUGAUGGCAUAUAUGUCAUUAGAACUAUUUAACAUUGAUCAUACGAGUGCUCACAGUAAAAUAUAUGAUUCUACCAUAUGAUCAAUGUAAUGGUAUUUUGACCUCGAUUGGAUGCUUUGUGAUGUAACUGUUUAAAUCCAGUAUCUUAUUUUUUAAUUUUAUUUUAUGUAGUAUCUUGUGCUUCAGUUUA